GGGUGGCCGGCGGCCCAGGAUGCCCGCGCUGCGCCCCGAGCAGGACAGAGUGCGCCCGGACCCCGCACCUGCGAGCCCCGCAGCCGCCGCACCUAAGCCAGAAGUUAGUGGCGACUUAGAAUCCAAGGAGCCUGGCACGUAGGCUGGUUUCACACCAGGCGCUCGGCAAACACUAAGGGCUUCACUGCCAAGAGAAGACGUGACACAAAACGGAAACAGAAGGAGCCAGCUUUUGGUAAAAGAACUCACAAAGCAAAGCGAAGGCUGGAACACCUCAGCCAGGAAGGGAACAGCUGUGACCUCAGCUUCUCGCCGCUGCCAUGGCUCCCGGGCAGAAGAUCAAAGCCAAGAUCAAAAAGAACCUGCCGGUGAGGGGCCCCCAGGCGCCCACCAUCAAGGAGCUGAUGCGCUGGUACUGUCUCAACACCAACACGCACGGCUGCCGCCGCAUCGUGGUGUCCCGCGGCCGGCUACGCCGCCUGCUCUGGAUCCUCUUCACGCUCACGGCCGUGUGCCUCAUCUUCUGGCAGUGCGCUCUGCUUGUCUUCUCCUUCUACACUGUCUCCGUCUCCAUCAAAGUCCAUUUCCAGAAGCUGGACUUCCCAGCUGUCACCAUCUGCAACAUCAAUCCUUAUAAGUACAGUGCCGUGCGGCACCUGCUGGCAGAACUAGAGGAGGAUACCAGGCAGACCCUGAAGAACCUGUACGGCUUCUCUGAGAUGACGCCCCGCAGACGCCGUGAGGCAGAGUCCUGGGGUUUGGCCCAGGAGGGCAGGCACCCCAGAUUCCUCAACACCAUCCCACUGCUGCUGUUGGAGACGGGCGAGCCAGGCCAGGCCAGGGAGUUCCUGACCGGGAGGAAGCGGAAAGUCAGCGGGAAGGUCAUCCACAAGGCCGCCGACGUCGUGCAGGUCCACGACUCCAGGAAGGUGGUGGGAUUCCAGCUGUGUUCCAACGACACAUCCGACUGUGUCCUCUACAACUUCAGCUCGGGGAUCAAUGCCAUCCAGGAGUGGUACAAAUUGCACUACAUGAACAUCAUGGCGCAGGUGCCCCAGGAGAAGAAGAUCAACAUGAGCUACUCUGCUGAGGAGCUGCUGGUCACCUGCUCCUUUGACGGCAUGUCUUGUGAUGCCAGGAACUUCACGCUGUUCCACCAUCCCAUGUAUGGGAAUUGCUACACGUUCAACAGCAGACAGAACGAGACAGUCAGCACUUCCAUGGGAGGCAGUGAAUAUGGGCUGCAGGUCAUCUUGAAUAUCAACGAAGAAGAGUACAACCCCUUCCUGGUGUCCUCCACUGGGGCAAAGGUGAUCGUCCACCGGCAGGAUGAGUACCCCUUCAUUGAGGACGUGGGGACAGAGAUCGAGACUGCCAUGGCCACCUCUAUAGGCAUGCACCUGACCGAGUCCUUCAAGCUGAGUGAGCCCUACAGCCAGUGCACCGAGGAUGGCAGUGACGUUCCCGUGGAGAACAUCUACAAGACGGCCUAUUCCCUGCAGAUCUGCCUUCACUCCUGCUUCCAGAUGAAGAUGGUGGAGAAAUGCGGGUGCGCCCAGUACAGCCAGCCGCUGCCCGACAAAGCCAGCUACUGCAACUACCAGCAGCACCCCAACUGGAUGUACUGCUACUACCAGCUGCACCAGGCCUUCAUCCGGGAGGAGCUGGGCUGCCAGUCAGUGUGCCAGGAGGCCUGCAGCUUUAAGGAAUGGGCCCUGACCACCAGCCUGGCCCAGUGGCCCUCCGCCGUCUCUGAGGAUUGGCUGCUGUCUGUUCUUGCUUGGGACCAAGGCCAACCAAUGAGGAAAAAGCUCAAUAAGACAGACUUGGCCAAACUCUUGAUAUACUACAAAGACCUGAACCAGAAGUCCAUUGUGGAGAGCCCCGCCAACAGCAUAGAGAUGCUUCUGUCCAACUUCGGCGGCCAGCUGGGCCUGUGGAUGAGCUGCUCGGUGGUCUGCAUCAUUGAGAUCAUUGAGGUUUUCUUCAUCGACUGCUUCUCCAUCAUCGCCCGUCGCCGCUGGCAGAGAGCCAGGGAGUGGUGGGCACGACGGACACUCCCAGCCCCUGAGGCCACCCCUAGGGCCGGCGGACAGGACAACCCCACCCUGGAUGUGGACGACGACCUACCUACCUUCACCUCUGCCCUGCGCCUGCCUCCGGCCCUUGGGGCCCAAGUGCCAGGCACACCACCACCCAAGUACAACACCCUACACCUGGACCGAUCCUUCUCUGCCCAGCUCAAAGACACCCAGCUGCCACCCACCGAGGUCUGAGGCCCAGCGGGGAAGAGAGAGCUCGGCGGGACCAGCCAUGGUCCCAGACUCAGACUGUCCCCAGGGAAAGGUGCAGCCUCUGUGCCCUUCCCCCGGCCCUAGGCUCUUCAUGUUUUUAGACAACAGCGGCAGGAUGGCAUCUAGGCAUGCAUGUGGUCACUACAAAGCCCCCACCCAGGCCACACCCAGGGCUGAUGGGAGGGCACCAACCCUGCAUCACCCUCAGUCAUUAGCAUGUCCCCACCAGAGAGAGGAGAGAAGAUGGAGCCAGCCUGGACAGAGGCCAGAAGAGAAGUCUGCUGGAACCCUUCACUCAAGAGAGAAGGAAAGACUUCUGCCAAGAAGCCAGGCCCAGGAUCCUCUUGGUCCCUGAGUCCCAGGGGCUGUGACUUGCAGAUGCAGGCCGAACAACCGACUUCUGGUGCCAGACCGAGGAGGAAGCCCUGGCAGAGCAGGAACAGGGCUUGACUGCCUCCUCGUGACCCUUAGCAUCUGUGGGUGAAGAUAAGGCACUCUGACCAUGGGGACCUCACCGAGAGCUCUCUGGAGAGCACCUGCACACAUCACGGGAACAUGCGGCGGCUUGCUCCUGGGACUGUUUGAGAGCCCACUGUUCUUGUGGUUAACACUGAGGCUGGUUUUCCUGUGUCCUCAGACAAGGAUUGGGCCCAAGGUCCUUGGGGUGUGGAGGAGAGAGGGUGCUAUGGAGGGAGUGUAUGUAGCUGUGAUAGGUGGUUCUUACUCUGGAAGCUGGAGGCCAAGCUUUGGUCAGCUAAGGUAGUGACCAAAAUCUCUGGCCCAAGUAGAGACGGGUAAAUUGAAAGGCAGAUGCUGGACACACCUGCCCAGUGGUGGUCCGAGGUUUGAAGGGUCAUCUCCAGGCAGCCCACCUCAGCUUCUCUUCCUCCAAGACAGACCCCUCUCCCACCUUCCACCAGCAGCCAGCCCUUCACCAAGUAGCCAUCUGGUCUACCAGAUGGACGUGACUUUGGCGUGCCCGCGUCACAGCUAUUAACCACCCAAGGACAGCUCAUUGCUAGGAUGGGAAUGGUUAGCUGGUGCUGUUUUAAGCACUCACAAAGGUCAGCAGAGGGGACUGCAACCCCCCCCCUGCAGGCCCAGCCCCAUUUCGAAACCAUGACCUCAGAAUGUAUAUUCUUCUUCUUCUUUUUUUUUAAUUUCAUUUUAAAUGGCUAAGCCUAUCAGAAGAAGUCUGUUUUGUGACUCAUGAAUAUAGCCUGAUUCGGAUUUCCAUGUCCAUAAAUAAAGUUCUUGUGGAACCUG